CCUAGCCAUCGUGGUCAAAGCUUCCCUAUUCGCUGCCCCGGCCCCCAAGCCUCCCACCCGAAUGAGACUGCUGAGGACGGAAAAAACGGAGGAAAUACCAGGGAAAAACAUGGAAAAAAUCAACGAAAACAAAGGAAAGACGGAAAAAUUUAAAAGGGGACAGGUCCUUGUAGUAAGAUUUUAAACGGGUUCGGAUACGGGUAGGGCAAAUUUUGCGGGUACUCUACCCGUUGCCACCCUAGUCUCUCUUCUCCUCUGGGGCCUCUGGGCGGCGCGGCAGCGUGAGAAGCUUGGUGUUCGUUUUUUAAGAGUGACGAGAGUAGAAUUCAAUUGCAAGCAGAAUCAUGUCAGAUAUCGAGGAUUCAGAUAAUGGCAACCAUGCUGAGGAAGAAGGAAGUCUCUCUCUUUCGCGGCGAAAAGCUAAAGAGCAUGUCGAACAGUUGGAAAGACUUAAAGAAAAGGAUCCGGAAUUCUAUCAAUAUCUGAAGGAGCACGACCAGGAGCUGUUAGAGUUUGAUGAUGAAGAUAUUGAUGAGGGUGAAGGAACUGAUUUGGAGGAGGAUGUGGAAUCUCAGCCUACUCAUGAGAGGGAACAGAAACCACAAGCCAAAGUUAUUACAACUGCAAUGGUUGAUUCAUGGUGCAAAGCAGUCAAAGAAAGAGAUAAACUUGGUGCAGUUCGAUGUCUGCUGCGAGCUUUUAGGACAGCAUGCCAUUAUGGAGAUGAUGGAGAAAAUAGUUCAGCACCGAAAUUUAGUAUCAUAUCUAGCAAUGUAUUUAAUAAGAUAAUGGUGUUUGUUCUGAAUGAAAUGGAUGGAAUUCUUCGUGGAAUGUUGAAAGCCCCUGGCUCUGGAGGGAAAAAGGAGACCAUUAUGGAGCUGACAACCACUCAAAAUUGGAAGAAGUAUGGCAGCUUGAUGAGGCUAUAUCUUGGUAAUGCACUUCAUAUAUUAACACAAAUGACAGAUGAACAAAUGAUCUCAUUCACCUUAAAGCGUAUCAAGGCAUCAGCUGUCUUUUUAGCUGCCUAUCCUGCUCUCUUGAGGAAGUAUGUUAAGGUUGCCCUUCACUGUUGGGGUACAGGAAAAGGUGCUCUACCGGUUGUUUCAUUUCUAUUCCUGAGAGAUUUGUGUGUUCGUCUUGGUUCUGAUUGUCUUGAUACAUGCCUUAAGGGAGUAUACAAGGGUUAUGUUUUGAAUUGCAAACUGUCCAAAUCUGUUAGUAGAUCAAAGUUGCAGCACAUUCAGUUCCUUGGAAAUUGUGUCAGUGAACUAUAUGGUCUGGACCCACCAGCCGCAUAUCAACAUGCAUUUGUUUUCAUUCGUCAACUGGCAGUGAUAUUACGAGGUGCCCUCACUGAGAGGGGGAAUAAGGCAGUAAAAGAUAAAAAGAAAGGGCAAAAGCAACAAGAAAGCAGCAAGAGCACAAAGAAACAAGUUGAGAAAGCAUAUCAAAAGGUCUAUGAUUGGCAGUUCAUAUUCUGCCUUGAGCUUUGGACUGGAGUUAUAUGUGCUUACAGUUCAGAAGAUGAUUUCCAACCUUUGGCUUACCCACUUACUCAGAUAAUUUAUGGGGUGGCAAGUUUAGUUCCAACUGCUCGGUACUUCCCUCUUAGGCUGCGGUGUGUAAGAAUGCUCAAUCGUAUUGCAGGCGCCACUGGUACCUUUGUUCCUGUGUCGUCGCUCCUGCUUAGUAUGUUGGAAAUGAAAGAACUGAAUAGGGCCCCUACUGGAGGUGUUGGUAAAGCUGUCAAUUUGCCUAAUGUUAAACAGGUUGACAAGACUACAUUGAAGACACGUGGUUUUCAGGAGGCAUGUAUAUAUUCAGUGGUUGAGGAACUUGCUGAACAUUUAUCUCAGUGGAGCUACUCUGUUGCCUUCUUCGAGUUGUCUUUUAUUCCAGUUGUUCGGCUCCGGAACUUUUGCAAAUCCACCAAAGCUGAUAGGUUUAGACAAGAAAUAAAGGAGCUCAUCCGCCAGGUGGAGGCCAAUUGUGACUUUACAAACUCCAAACGAAUUGGUAUUGAAUUUUCACCUAAUGAUCCUGCUGCAGCAUCAUUUCUCAAGGCUGAAAAGGAAGCUGGGAGCAGUCCUCUUUCAAAAUUUGUUGCUAAGUUGCACCUGAAAGCUCAACAGAGGAUUGAUUCAAUGGUGGAAUCCAGUGUUCUUGUGGGUGCAGAGUCUUCUGUUUUUGCCAGCAGGCUGUCUGAAAUGAGGGAACAAGAUGAUGAUGAUGGGGAUGCUGAAGAAGGUGCUGCUGUGUUCAGCUCAUCCUGGUUGCCUGAAAAGAAAUCUAAACUUAGGGAUGAGAAAAAGAGUUCGAAAAAGCGAAGCCACGAAAAGGAGCAAGAUGUAGGUGGAGAUGAGGAUGUAGUGGAAGAUCUUGUCCUAAGUUCGGAUGAUGAUGAUGAUGAUGAAGAUGAGGCUCCUGAUGGUGGCUUGCCUUCUGAUGAGGAAGACCAUGAGUCAAAGAGUCCAUCACUAAAGCAGGAGAGCGGGAAACGCAAGCUGGCCACCUCACCAAAGCAGAAGAACAAGAAACAUAAGUUGGCUACCACAUCUUCUAAAAACAGAAGCAAGCCACGCCCUAAGAAUAAGUCUAGGAAAGGUGCAAAUAAGUAACAUAUAGUUUGGUAUCUCAGAAGGAGAUUUCUGUUAUUUUACGGUGCAGCAGAGGGGCUGAUCAUUGGUCUUUGGAUGGAUAAACCCAAUUUUGAUGUCAUAGAGCAGAUUGACUUUUUUUUAAAGGCUAUCUGGCCAUGACAGAUUAACUGGUGCAAUCAAUUUUUGCAUAAAGAACCCGUACAUAUCCUGAGGAAUUUUGAUUUGUUAGAGAGAUGCAAGUUUGGAUGCAAUUACCUGAACAUCAUUCGGUAAACAUAUUGCUGCUUUCUAUUGGUGUAUCCAGAUUCAUGAGAUAUGUAUCUUUCGGCACUUCAAAUUAUUAACAGAACUAAUUCAUGUGAUGGUCGUUGGCAAC